UUUUGUGCCUGAAGUCGGAGGCGCUCCACGGGUUCUUUUUUUGUUGCCAGUGCGCACCACGGCAUCGCUGCACACACCGACACUGCUCGGACUGUUGCUGCGCCCGGAGCACCUGCAGGCGCGAAGGUAGGAGGGAAGAAAAAGAGGUGGAAGAGGAAGAGAGAGAGACAUUCAAGAGAAAAGAGAAGAAGAAGAAGAAGAAGAAGGGGCAGGACCGGCGGGAGGAGCGCACCAUGGCCUCAAAGGAGACCACAGCGGCGGGCUUCGUGAACGUCAGCAGGGAAAUCACAGAGAGCAUCAGGAAGGUGCUGGACAAACAGGCCAUUAAGUUUGUGCGAGCCAUCAAGCAGGACACGAGGAGCGGCAAAUCAGAGGACCGGAUUCUGGUCCUGGCAACAUGGAGACUGUAUCUCUUUGCUGUCAAAGUGCCCACCAAGAUGGAGGUCACCUUCAACUUUCUGGAAAUCCGAGCAAUGAACACCUACCCAGAACACCAGGUUGUCAUCGAUACAGACAAGACGACCUACUCUCUGAGACUACAGACUCAGGACCAGCUGGAUCACAUGGUCAGCCACAUCAACUACGCCCUCUCACGAGUCUUCAACAACUCAAUUUAUGCUCCUCCUAUUUGUCGAGCAGAGGAAGACUUGCCCGACGGGACUCACAAGUUUUCACCAAACUCUGAAACAUCAUUAGAACCCCAGAAAACCUGCGGAGGUUUUUCUGAGACUUAUGCUGCUCUUUGUGACUACAACGGCAUCGGCUGCAAAGAAGAAGUGCAGUGGGACGUUGACACAAUCUACCACUCUCAGGACAACAGGGAGUUCAACUUACUGGAUUUCAGCCAUCUUGACAGCAGGGACUUGGCAGUGAUUGUGGCUUCCAUUGCGUACAACACCUGGUUCACCAAGCUGUACUGCAAAGACAUGCGCAUAGGGUCGGAGGUGGUGGACCAGGUUCUGCACACAGUCAGCAAGUCCAACAGUCUGGAGGAGCUCACUCUGGAGAACGCAGGACUCAAAUCGGAUUUUCCACAGAAGAUGGCAUCGGCGCUGUCGGAGAACCCGGCCUCUGUGAUUCACUCCCUCAACCUGGCUCAUAACACGCUGGACAACCAAGGAGUCUCCAACCUGAUUCAACAAGUGUGUCGCCUCAACAAGGGCCUUCGCCUCCUCAAUCUCUCCAAGACGUCCCUCUCCUCCAAGGGUGUGGUUUCCUUGUCCCAGGCGCUGUGUUCAAGUGACGACUACUCCAAUUCUCUGCUGCAUCUGGACCUCAGCAAAAACCCCGGAGUUCUGUCUGGAGAGGAUGCCACAAAUCUGUACCUGUUUCUGGCCCAGCCCAACUGCCUGGUCCACUUGGACCUAUCUGGAACAGACUGCACCGUAGACUCGUUGUUCGGGGCUUUGCUGCGAGGCUGCUGCGCUGACCUCUCCUACCUGAACCUCUCCAAGAACUCCUUCUCUCACAGGAAAGCGAGGGAUUCUCUGCCAACUUUCCGCCAGUUCUUCAGCUCAGCGUUCAGCCUGACCCAUGUGAGCCUGGCCUCUAUGAAGGUCCCGCCUGAUUCGCUGAGGGCUCUGUUCCUGGGUUUGUCCAAUAACCCUCAUAUCACUGAUUUACACCUGGACAUCAGCAGCUGUGAGUUGAGGUCAGCAGGUGCCGGCGUGAUUCAGGAACUGUUUCCUCGAGUUUCAUGCGUGGGGACUUUAGACAUCUCUGAUAAUGGUUUGGAUGCUGACUUGCUGGCUGUCAUCCCAGCGUUCUCCCGACACCCCUCCCUCAAACACCUAAUGCUGGGGAAGAACUUCAACAUCAAGGGCAGGGUGCUGGAUGAAAUUCUGCAGAAACUGGUUCAUUUGGUGCAAGAAGAAGAGUGUGCCCUGCAGUCCCUCUCCCUCGCUGACUCCAGACUUCGUCAGCGUGGCACAGUGCUGGUCAACGCCCUGGGCUCCAAUGCUUGCCUGAGGAAGGUGGACCUGAGCGGCAACCUCCUGGAAGACUCCGGGGCUAAGAUGCUCAGCAAAGCCCUGCAGAUCAACACAACACUCAGGAGCGUGACGUGGGAUCGCAACAACACCACAGCGACAGGCUUCCAAGACGUGGCGAGAGCGCUGGAGCACAACUUCACUCUGCAGUACAUGCCCAUCCCACUCAGCGAUGUCACGCAGGCGUAUCGCAGCGCCCCGGAGAAGACUGACCAAGCCCUGACCAAGAUCCAGCGUGCCCUGCUUAGGAACAACCAGACUCAGCGUUUCUCGCAGAAGCAGGCUCUCCGGCUGCACCAAGGCCUCGUCACCAGCACCGCCGAGCAGGUGAUGGAGCGUCUGUGUGUGCGAGUGCAGCAGCAGGUUUGUGUUCUGAAAGGCUGCGAGGAAGGAGAGGAGGUUCAGACGGCCAGACAGAUCCUCAAAGAAGCUCGAAACUCCCGAGCUCUGUAUCCGUCCCUGUGUGAGCUGGCCCAUGUGUUGUCGGUGGAUGGACCCGUCAAGCAGCGACUGGACACUCUGGCUGGAGAACUGGCCAAGGCUGCAGACAAAGAACUGCAGGUUGUGGUGGAUUCGAUGGUCUCUCUGUGCCGUGAGCUGUGUCCCAUGUCCUGCUCAGCCGCCGAGAGGCUCAGUCCGCCUCUGUCCUCAAUCUCCGAGCAAGUCUCGAUCCCUCGCUCCACCAUUCGCAACGCUCUGAUGGAGAGAGCAGCCGAGGACAUCAACAGGGCUCUGGAGGAGGUGAAGCUGUCCGUGGUCUCCUAUCUGACCAACUCCAUAGUGGAUCAGAUCCUCCAAGAGCUCUACACCACUCAUAAAACCCUGCUGCGGCAGGUGUCUCAGGCGAAGCGUUGGGAUGACGUUGGGACAGGCAGACGCACUGUGAGACAGUCCAGAAUAUUAGAGUCUCUGGAUUUCCCGGAUGAGGAGUUUGGUGUCAACCUGGGAAUAGACACCAUGGCUAUUAAGAAGCGGAGCUCCAGAACUAGAAGAAUUCGUCCCGUCUCCACCAGACUGAGUUUAGGUGAUGAGCCCAGUUCCUCCCCUACCCCUUCAGCUCCACCCCACUCCGCUCCUCUCACCCACUCGGCAUCAUGGGAGUGUCUGUCCACCCUCCCCACCAACGGCUCACCCCUGCGUCAUGUGACCCAUGUAAGGCCACGCCCACCACGGAGACACCGAGCAGGACACUUUCCUCCUGAGUCUCAUUGCUCAGAGAACGGAGGAGUCAGUAUGCUGGAGGACGGACUGCCGGAUUUCUACAGCAAGAGAGUUCUACCCGACAGUCAGCUGUCAUCCCUCCAUCAGGCCCAGUCACUGAGGAGGAAGAAAAGACGCAGUGUGUUGUCCAUUUUCUCUGGCUUCCGCAAGAACCGCAACUCCACCAUCUCUAAUCAGGACUCGGACAGCGCCUCAGAGAACGUCUACUCCAUGAUUCACCCGAAAGACAUCGCAAGGCCCGAGAGCGCUGGUCCUGGAGCUAACGGGGCCAUGCCUUCGCCUCGGCCCACUCAGGGUGUAUCUGUGCAUGGGAUGAGGGCCGCCAGCCCCCCCUGCCUCAUCCAAAGACAGUCCACAGACCUUGUCAGCAUGGUGUACAGCUGCAUCGGGGCGGAAAUCGAGGACUCAGAUGGCAGCAGCACCUGCGACAUCAAAGGGACAGAUCAAGACGCUGACAGAUCGAUCACCAUCUCAGACGCCCCGACGGAUAGUCGGAGUAACGGCCACGUGGUGUCGUCCAAACAACAGACGGACAGGCAGAUGGAGACAGGCAGGCAGGAGAGGAUUGUGCCCCUGACAGACUCGCGGAAUGAGAUGGAAGAAGACAUACAGAGUGGCGGCGGUGGGAGCCAGAGGCCAGAGCCUCCUCCACAGAGCAGCAAGCCCAGUCUGGCUGUCAUGAGACAGAGACACCUGCAGGAGAGUUUAGGUACUUCAACAGCUGAAGAGGCAGGGAGGCUGGAGGUAGAAGACGACCAGAGUGAAAGAAAGCGUGAAGAUAAGCAGAGAGGGCGAGGGCCGGAGGGACAGCGCCCACUUAUUCCCAAUAAGCCCAGCCUGGAACUCUCCAGAGACAAAACCUCUCCGGAAAUGAACAAGAAUUCACCUAAAACCUCACCUGUCGCUCCAAGAGAAGAACAAACCAACGACCAGAGGAGUUUUCCUUCUUCUCAGCCCAUCAUUGAAGACGAAGAGACCACUGAAGAAAAAAGCCCACCAUCAUCUGCUAAACCUGGGGUGGAAGCAGCAGAUCCUGCUGUCAUCAGUCAUGAUGACGACGGAGGCCGUAAUGGAUUUCCAGCAACCUCGCAUCACACCAAGAAGUCCAACUCCUUCGACAUAGGCAUGGAACGGGACAGCCCCUACGAUCUGGAGAGGCCUUCAGAUCACAGAUUCCCUGUGAAAAAGCCCUGUUUCCCCCAGUACAGAAACAGAUCUCUGGACUACCCUGCUGGGACCGGGUGUUACGAAAGCCCCCAGCACGGUAACAGAGACGCAUUAUGACGUUACCUGUGGACCAGGAGAAGUUUGCUGGGAAGAAAACAAGACUUGAACAUGGAGGACUGGAGAGAGACGAGCUUUUAAAACUGUGUGGACUUAGCUGAUAAAUAUCCAGCUGCAGCUUCUUUUACUUCUUUUAAUCCACAUACACAUUGGUUGCUGAAAAAUGCAUGUAAUGUAUGCUUUGUUUUAACUGCUUGCACUUGCUAGGGUUUUUUCUCAGGCAUAAGAGAAGCUCUACUUUUCAUACAAACACACACAGUACUUCAGUGUCUCUCCAGUGUCAUCUAGACAGUUUUAUGCAUUUGUGUGGAAUCACUGAUUGCUGACAUCCGUCUUUUCAUCCCCUCCCUCUCUUUUUCUGACAAUCUGUGACGACUUAAAGUGAGUUUGUACUGUAUUUAUUCUAAUGGGAUGUAUAUAAUUAAUAUAAAACUGCACUAACCAUUGUGGUAACUCGACCAGUUAACAAUCAUGUUUUUAUUUGUGAUAUGUCAUUUGAUAACUGUGUUUGUAAGUAUGCUUUUGGUGUGUGCUGACAUUGAUGACUGAGAAAUGUGUUUCCAUGCACUUAGCACUCCCAUCUCUUCAAGAGUAUUUAAUUCAGUCUGUGGAUUGUUUUAAUCUGAUUUUGCGGGCCUGAAAAUGAGUAUAUUUUCUAAAAAUGCUUCUAUGAAUCAGAAUAAAUAAAAUUGACUUUACAGAA